AUGCCUUAUGAACUCUUUCGUCUUUACUCUGGUACUGACGAGGAGUGUGUUGAGUUUCGCAAAUGGGUUCGAACCUAUAACAAUAAUUUGGCCUUCACAUCGUUUGGCGCCAAGUAUGAUCGUGCCUUAACAAAGAAUACUAAGCGUGUUUAUACUUUUCGGGUGCAAGGCCAGGUGUACCACUUAUUGAACAGUUUGGUCUCUCCCACUGAUCAAGCUACUGGUGUUCAACUCUAUUUCUACGAUCAGGAAGAGGAGUUGUCAAAAAGAGUCGCUGGUUCGCCUAGGCUACAUGAAAGUACCCUCAAAUUGUUGAUGCGUAUUCUUGAAGCUAAUCCAUACACUAAAUUUUUCAAAGGCCUUCGAGAUGUUCCUGAUCUAGACAACCAUAGGAUUGUUCUCAACUUUGAUCCUCGGUUGGAUCAGCGUGUGUACAAUGUGCCUACUUCAUCCCAAGUUGCUGCCAUUUGGACAGAGGAUGAGGAUGAAGCACUUGAAAAAGGUGCUCAUAUUCAGGUUUAUACACAUUCAAAUGUGAGUCAUAGGAUACCACAUUAUUUUGCGUCCUAUGAUCCAUUACAGUGCCCUCUCUUAUUUCCUCGGGGUGAACCUGGUUGGCAUUAUGGCAUCCCAAAAACUGCUGAGAGUGGGAAAAAACAACGUGAUACUAUUUCUGCGAGGGAGUACUACUGUUACUUACUUCAGAUGAGAGAAAAAGAUAGAUCAAUGUUGUUGCACACAAGGAGGCUGUUACAGCAAUUUGCUGUUGAUAUUUAUGUGAAGAUCGAAACAUCUAGGCUUGACUUCCAUAGAAAGAAUCAAACUAAUAUUAGGACUGAGAUUCUACAAGGUGUAAUGGAUAGUCUAUCUGCUGGUCAAACCGAAGGAAAAAAUGUCGGUCGUCGAGUUUAUCUCCCAACUUCUUUCAUUGGUGGUCCAAGGGACAUGCGCCGUAGAUAUGUUGAUGCGAUGGCAUUAGUCCAGAAAUUUGAAAAUCUCAAAUAUGGAGAAGAUGCGCAGGAUAGGCCUGAUUUAGUGUCAAGAGUGUUUAGAGCAAAAUUUGAGUUGCUCAAGGCUGAAAUAGUGAAAAAAAAGAUUUUUGGGGAGGUUGUUGCGUGUGUUCAUGUUAUUGAGUUCCAGAAAAGGGGUCUCCCUCAUGCUCACCUCUUAGUCAUCCUUAAGCCAGAAUUUAAACCAUUGAACUCUGAUUCUUAUGAUCGGAUUGUGUCUGCUGAGAUUCCAGAUCCAGAGAAACAGAGCUAUUUGUACAAUCUUGUCAUCAAGCAUAUGAUGCAUGGACCAUGUGGAGUUCUGAAUAAGGAUAAUGUUUGCAUGAAAGAUGGGCUCUGUAAAAACCAUUAUCCAAAAAAUUUUACCGAAUUCACAGUCCAUACUGAGGAUAGAUACCCGCACUAUAGAAGGCGGAAUAAUGGACGCUCUGUAAGGGUGCGUAAUAGCAGCCUAGACAAUCGAUGGGUUGUGCCAUAUAACCCAUAUCUUCUUGCUCUCUUUGACUGUCACAUGAACGUCGAAAUCUGUUCGAUGGUUAAGUUGGUCAAGUAUUUGUAUAAAUAUGUCUAUAAGGGUCACGAUCGUGUUAGCUUCCAUAUUUAUUCAGAAAAUAACCCUGACAACAUAGAUGAAAUAAAGAAUUUUCAAGCUGGGAGGUGGGUAGCCGCUGCUGAAGCUUUUUGGCGUAUUUAUAGGUUUAAUCUAAAUGAAAUGACUCCUGUUGUGUAUACUCUUCAGUUGCAUCUUCCAGGUCAGCAAAUGAUCUCUUUUCAUAAAAAUACGAAUCUUGCUGAUCUCUUAGAUCGAGCCGAUUUUUCCAAGACAAUGCUGACAGAGUUUUUUCACAUGAAUAAAACCAACAAACGAGCUCAAAAUCUUAAAUGCCUGUACCGUGACUUCCCAGAAUUUUUUGUCUGGAAGACUGCUAGGAAAAGAUGGACUAAACGGAAGAGAAAAAGAGUCAUUGGUCGUGUUGUUACUGUUGCUCCAAAUGAGGGAGAACGCUACUACUUGCGACUUCUCUUAUCUCAUGUUCGUGCUCCCACGUGUUUUGAAGAUCUCUUGACUGUUAAUGGAAAGCUUAUGAUUUCCUAUAGAGAAGCUGCCUUCCAAAUGGGACUUCUUCAAUCAGACACACAUUUAGAAGACACGCUUAAUAAAGCAGCUGCCUUUCAGUUGCCCUCUUCGUUAAGAACUCUCUUUGCAAUCUUGUUAGCCUAUUGUUCGCCAAGCAAUCCUAGAGUCCUGUGGGAAAAAUAUGAACCUGUGAUGUCAAGCGAUUUUGAGAGAGCUAAGAGUUUUUCUGUUCGAACUGUUGAACACAUAAGAAGAUGUGUUUUGCUGGAUAUAAAUAAAUCCUUGGAACAAAUGGGGAAAAAUGUCAAUGACUACCAUUUGGUACCUGAUGAUUUCAUUCUCAGUCAUGAUGAGCGCCUCACAAGAGAAAUUCAGAGUGAGCUAAGCAUACAAUUUACAGAGCAGGACUUGCUAUUACCUUCACAGCUAAAUAUAGGCCAAAGAUAUGCCUAUGACGUUAUUCUACAGGAGGUUUUCUCCUUUGGCAAUACCAGUUUUUUUGUUGAUGGACCCGGCGGGACUGGUAAAACCUUUCUUUAUCGCUCUAUUCUGGCAACGCUUAGAUCUCAAGGAUUCGUAGCAAUAGUUGUUGCAUCAUCUGGAGUAGCUGCAUCUAUUCUUCCAGGUGGGAGAACCGCACACUCAAGGUUUAAAAUCCCGUUGGACAUUUCUGCAAGCAAAGUCUGUCAUAUCAGCAAACAGAGCUCUGUUUCUAAGCUUAUUAUAAUGGCUAAAUUAAUUCUAUGGGAUGAAGCUUCUAUGGCCAAGAGAGACACGAUUGAAAUUUUUGACAGGUUGCUGAGAGAUGUAAUGGAUUCUGAUCUACCCUUUGGUGGCAAAGUAGUAGUAUUUGGGGGAGACUUUCGUCAAACUUUACCUGUAAUUCAGAAUGCAACAAAGGAUCAGCAAAUAGAAGCCAGCUUUGUCAACUCACCUUUAUGGAGUACUCUUCGGAAGUUAAUCUUGACUGAAAACAUGAGAGCUAUCUCUGAUGGCCAAUUCUCUGAUUUCCUGCUAAGGAUAGGCGAAGGUUGCGAACCAAAAGACGAUGAUGGAAAGAUAACUCUAUCAAAGGAUAUAUCAAUCCCUUUUGAUAACAGAGAAAGUUCACUAAACAGGUUAGUGGAUUUUGUGUUUUCGGAUUUGAGCGUUUAUUCAUCUGAUCCAUACCAGAUCACAAACAGAUGUAUUCUUACUCCAAAGAAUACGUGUGUUGAUGAUAUAAAUGAGAUGAUGAUUGAUCGCUUUCCUGGAGAACCUUUUGUGUAUAUGAGCACUGAUCGAACUAUUAAUGAGAGGGAUCAAUCUGACUACGAAGACUUUUUAAACUCUUUGAAUCCCAAGGGUCUGCCCCCUCAUAAAUUGGUGCUAAAGGAAGGUUGCCCAAUUAUUCUUCUUAGGAAUUUGAAUCCUGCAAAAGGCUUAUGCAAUGGAACUCGACUUAUAUGUAGACAGUUAAAGCAGCAUGCGAUUUGUGCAGAGAUUGCAGUUGGUCAGCAUCGAGGAAAAAGGGUUCUUUUACCAAGGAUACCUCUCCAAACAUCAGACAAUGAAAAGAAUGGAGUUCCUUUUAAGCGAACCCAGUUUCCCAUCAGACUUUGCUUUGCUAUGACGAUUAACAAAUCGCAGGGACAGACUUUGGAUCGUGUUGGAGUUUAUUUAUGA